UUUGUUAUUUGGUAUCUUCAAAUUCUUUUCGUGUUCGGUGUCACUUUUAGCGGUUGAACCCCUCCCGGCAUUAUAUUUUAUAAGAAAAACAGUAAUUUUUUAUUCUAAAGGAAAAUGGCUGUAAAUGUUUACAAUACAAGUGUUUCUGCUGAAAAUCUUUCUCGUCAUGAUAUGUUAGCUUGGGUGAAUGACUGUCUUCAAAGUCACUUUCAAAAAAUUGAAGAGUUAUGCACAGGAGCAGCUUACUGCCAAUUCAUGGACAUGCUCUUUCCAGGCUCUGUGCAAUUAAAAAAAGUCAAAUUUCGAACAAAUUUAGAACAUGAGUAUAUUCAGAAUUUCAAAGUUUUACAGGCCUCGUUUAAGAAAAUGGGUGUGGAUAAGAUAGUGCCUAUAGACAGGCUGGUUAAGGGACGCUUCCAAGACAAUUUCGAGUUCCUUCAAUGGUUUAAGAAAUUCUUCGAUGCUAACUAUAAAGGAGAAGCUUAUGACCCACUGGGCAUGCGAAACGGGGAGAUGCUGGGGGGUUCCGGCGGGGCGGCGCCGAGGGGAGCCACGAUGCUCACAAAGCGUUCUCAACUAAACUCGCCCACUAAAAAACCCGUUGGUAAAGCCACCAUAGUGUCAACAGGCCCCCCAUCUUCAGAAUUAUCGGCGCAAAGAAGUCAAAUGCCGACCAAGGUGAACGCUGCUGCAAAACCGAAACCGCUAUCGAAUGUGAACAGUCGUGGAGACGCAAAUGCCAGCAAAAUAGAAGAGUUAUCAAACCAAAUUUUGGAAUUAAAGAUGAGCGUUGAAGGUUUGGAGAAAGAGAGGGACUUCUAUUUUGGUAAAUUGAGAGACAUUGAGGUGAUGUGCCAGGAAAAUGAUGAAAACAAUCCGAUCAUUCAAAAGAUUUUGGAUGUUCUCUAUGCAACAGAGGAAGGAUUUGCUCCUCCGGAUGAAGCGGAAGGUUUACCUGGCGAAGAGGACGAGUAUUGAUUGGACAAUUGACUACAUCGCUUUUUCUUGUAAGCCGUGUGUUAUCAGUGGCUUCUGUCGCACCAACUUUUUUAUACUCGCAAUCGUAAAUUUGUAACUCUAUGUUGUAUUAAUUGGCCUUUUAAAUAAUUAUUUCUUGGAAAAACACUCUUCAUCUGUCUUGAUUUAACGAAAUCGUCAAAAAUAAAUCAUCGUAAUAUCACCGAGUAAAGCAACGGCGAUUUUUUUUCAGACUUUGGUUUGUCCUUGUAAAUACUGCAUGUUAUUGUACACUAUUUUUAUUAUUAUUAAAUCUCUGUAGCCAUUUUCGUUAUUCUAUCUUUAUUGGUUGUUGAAAAAUUGUUCUCAUCAUUGCCCCGCUUUGAAGAUGACAGAUCUGUCUUACUGUGCAUGGUAUUGAUUGUAAAAUUUAGACAAAAUAUUUAUGUAUUUGCAGUUGAUCAAAAAAGAUAUGUAAGUAAAUGCAGUUGAAGAAA